UGACCGUGCACUAACCAUCAGCUGUCAGUAACCUCAACGCGGCGGCAACAAAUUUGUCUUAUUUAUUUGUUAAACUUACAAAGUUUGCACAAUGAGCCGCAAUUACAAGGAAGACCAGACGAACGAGGUCGAGGCGCUGGACUCUAUAUACUGUGGGGAAAUGGAAAUUCUCGCCACGGAGCCACACCACAAAUUCCAGAUUCCCAUUGCCACGGAGGAGUACAAUGCAGAGGAGCCAGAGAACGGGCUGUCCUGCAAACUGGUCUUCACAUACACAGCCACAUAUCCGGAUGGAGCGCCCGUUGUGGAAAUCGAGGAACCGGAAAACUUUGAGGACUCUUUCGAAACGGGCCUUCUGGAACAUCUGCAGAAGACAAUAGAGGAGAACCUUGGCAUGGAGAUGAUCUUCUCGCUGGUAAGCAGUGCCCAGGAGUGGCUGAACGAGCGGUGGGACGAGCACAAAUUCCAUCAGGAGGAAAUGCGUGAACAGAAGCUGAGGGAAGUUGAGGAAGAGGAGCGCAAAAAAUUCGAGGGUACUCGGGUAACGGUGGAAUCAUUCCUUACUUGGAAACUUGAUUUCGAGGAGAGCACCGGCAUUGCUGCUAAGCGGGAAAAGAACAAUGUGUCUAAGAAACAGACUGGACGUGAACUCUUCAUGUUAGACACCACACUCAACGAUUCGGAUAUUAAGUUCCUUCUGGAGGCGGGCGAAAACAUUGAAAACGUCAAAAUCGAUGAGGCUUUGUUUCAGGACCUCGGCGAGUUGGAUUUGGAUGAUGACGAUGAUGAGGAUUGGGUGCCUGGAGCGGACGACGAUGAUGAUUAAGUGGCUCUAAAGUGAAAUGAAUAGUUCUCCAAGGCAUGUUCGUGUAUUGUAUAUAACAUUAAAUGCCAACUCGUUUAUUAA